AUGAAGGAUCAAGUCAUUGUAACCUCUGGUGUAGGUCAGUCAAUCGAGCUCAGUGGUUUCGCUCUCUGCGAUAAAGGUGACGGCGUUUUGCUCGCGCGACCUCACUAUGGAAACUUCCCUAUCGAUCUGGGCUACAGAGUUGAAGCUAAAAUUGUCGGCGUCUCGUUUGGAGGUGUAGAUCCCUUUAGCGUCGAGAGUGUUGUAGCUUACGAGAAAGCUUUGGAGGAAGCUGAGCAGCAAGGAAUUCGUGUCAGGGUGUUUCUGUUAUGCAACCCUCACAACCCAUUAGGUCGUUGCUAUACUCCUGAGGUUCUCAAGGCGUAUAUGCAAUUCUGUCAGAAACAUAACCUACACCUCAUCAGUGAUGAGGUAUAUGCUCUGUCAGUCUGGAAGAACCCAGAAGCCCCUAGUGCCCCCGAAUUCACUUCCGCCUUGAAUAUUAAUCCCGAUGGUUUGAUUGAUAGAGACCUGCUACAUGUCCUAUGGGGAAUGGGCAAGGACUUUGGUUCCUGCGGUAUCAGAAUUGGGUCUCUGAUCAGUCGGAAUGAAGCCUUGCUACGAGCCUGCGAAGCAAACUCUUACUUCUCUGGCCCUUCGUCUCUAGCUGACCUUGCUACUGCUCGUGUACUCGACGAUGAUGCCUUCAUUGAGAGUUACAUCAAAACCAAUCGAUUACGGCUGGCAGAGAACUACAAGCUGACAACCAAGUUUCUCAACAGUCAUCAGAUUCCUUAUAAAGAAGGAUCCAAUGCGGGAUUGUUCGUUUGGGCUAAUCUAUUCCAACCGUUACGCGCACAAAUCAAUGCCACUUUGCAGAACCAGGAGGAAUAUGAGGAAGAUCCCGGGAAAGCUCUGAGGAUUCUUGAAGCGAGGCUACAAGAGGUUUUGUUGAAGUACAAGAUCUUCUUAGCUCUCGGUGCUGAUUUUGGAAGUGAUAUACCCGGCUGGUUUCGAAUUGUGUUUGCCCAUGAAAGGACUUAUCUGAACCUGGGCCUGGAGCGCAUGGUUAAAGCAAUUGAAGCAUUCCGUGGUCAACUUGAAGAAGACAAAAUGUAA